UCCCCUGAAGAUCAGAUUAUGAAGACUCCGCAUCCACUUCACAUCGUCAGUCCUCUGAGAGAGAGUGUUCCGCUCUCUAAUGUCGCGGGUACAUCUGUGUAUCUCAAGCUGGACUCAUGCCAGCCUACAGGCUCGUUUAAAAUCCGAGGCAUCGGUCACUUGUGUAAGAUGUGGGCAGAAACUGGCUGCACUCGAUUUGUCUGUUGCUCAGGAGGCAAUGCUGGCAUGGCUGCAGCUUAUUCUGCACGGAAGUUGGGAGUGUCUGCCACUAUAGUGGUGCCCAGUGUUACUCCUUCAGGCACAGUGCAAAGACUUUAUGAUGAAGGAGCUGAUGUCAUAAUUCAUGGCAAUUCACUAAAUGAGAGCCUGGAAUUUGGUCAACAGCUCGUUUCUAACAACCCUGAUUGGGUAUUCAUCUCUCCCUAUGAUGAUCCCCUUAUUUGGGAAGGUCACACCACUCUGGUAAAGGAACUGGAGUCCCAGCUGGAACGGAAACCAGGGGCAGUGGUUUUGUCUGUGGGAGGUGGUGGCCUCUUGAAUGGGGUUGUGGAAGGUCUUCGUCGUGCUGAUUGGGAAGACGUCCCCAUCAUUGCUAUGGAAACAGUGGGUGCUCAUAGCCUCAAUGCAGCCAUGAAGGUGGGAGAACUGGUUACACUGCCCUCCAUCACCAGUGUUGCUACCACACUGGGCCUUACACGAGUAUCAUCUCAAACAAUGAAGCUUGUGGGUGAGCACACCGUUUACUCAGAACUGGUCACAGAUCAGGAAGCUGUAUGUGCAGCUGAGCGUUUUAUUGAUGAUGAAAAGAUUCUAGUUGAACCUGCUUGUGGUGCUGCUCUUGCUGCCAUCUACUGCAAUGUCAUUAAUCGUUUGCAGAUGGAAAAUAAGUUGUCUCAGGAGUUGGGGCCAGUGGUGGUGGUUGUGUGUGGGGGCAACAACAUCAGCAUAGGGCAACUGCAGAAACUAAAAAAACAACUGGGAAUGACAGGGUAGAUAUGGCAACCUGUUCAGAUAACAAAGUAAACUUCAAAUAUUUUGGGAUGUAGUAUUUACUAGUAGGUACAUUUAGAAAAAUCACUUGAUUUAUCUGGAUAAAAAAAAAUGACACUUACACAGACUGUUCCAGACAGUAUUUUAUUUUUAUUUUUAUAGCAAACCAAUAUGUUAGGAAAAGUUAGGAAAAAACUAUAUUUUUCAGCAGAUCUAAAAAUAUAUUUAAAAGAAGAAAAAUUUAUUCAACUCCUUAAGACUAUUACUAAAACUAAAACAACUUUUGCUGCAGGAGUUUCCAGGUCUGUUCAUAUCAGCUUUUGCACUGUUUUACGCAUUCUUCCUGCCAGAUUUGCUCCAGGUUGCUUGGAUGAUUCUUGCAAUUUUCCAAUAGCGUAACAAAUUUUCAAAUGGCCUAAACACCUAGACUUUGACUAUCAUUUAGUUCUCCCACCAAUUAAAAAAAAUUUAUAUUUAAUUAACUCAUCAUUUAUAAAUACAUUCAUCUAGAAGAUGCAUUCCCAUUGUGUAAUGGGAACAUUUGCAUUUUUUGCUGUUCUUUCUAGUAAAGCAGUAAAUGUCAGAAUCAGGUACUAUCGGAUACUCUCGCCACCCUCAGAAAUCAGUCAAUUCACUUUGAACAAGGUUUAAACCUCUCCCCUAAUUCUGACUAAAAAUUCCUUCUCAUUGGGACAGAUUAUUUUAAUUCAGCUGUUUACAUGGUAAUAUUUAAUUCGAUUGACCUUUUAAUCCCUAUAUUGAUUGAAUAAUAGGGUCCAUGUAAAAGCACCUAUUGUUCUGAUGAAAGUUUCCCCUAUCCCCUACCCCUCCAAUGUAGUUAAAAAGUACUAGGGUCAAUGUAAAUGUGUCACAAGUAGAGGCCAAUUGUAAGCCAGGUGAAUCAUGAAAGAAGUAGUAGUUUUCAUCAGGGUAAAUUUGUAAGUAUCAUUGAUUCUGAUAAGUUCUGGUAACAAAUAGUCAAUUUUGGUGCAAAAAAAAAGGGUCUGGCUGGUACAGUAUAAUCUGUGCAUGUAUGUAAUACAGGUGACUAUGAUAACAUUAAUGGAACUGAAUGCUUUUGCAAGACACUAUAUAUAUAAUUCCACAUCCCACUGACUUUUGCACACCCACAGCUGGGGCCAAAUCAUUCCAGAAUGUCGAACUUGA